GAGAGAGAGAGAGAGAGAGGCAGGCGGAGGUCCAGGUGGGCGGCCUUUCUUCCUUCCUUCCUUCCUUCCUUCUUCCCCGGGAGAGGAGGAGGAGGAUGGCGGUGGCGGUGGCGUGGCUCCUGGCCCUGCUGGUCUCUCCUGCGUGGGGCGCCAAGGAGGGCGAGGGCGGGGGGGUCUCUUCGUCCUCUUCUUCGCCCCCUUCUUCUUCUUCGUCGUCGUGGGUGACGGUGGCGCUGGUGCUGCCGGAGCACAACCCGAGCUACCCGUGGGCGCUCCCGCGCGUGCGCCCGGCCGUGGACCUGGCCCUGGAGCGCGUGGGGUCCGCGGCGGCAGUGGCGUCGGCGGAGCGGGACUCGCCCUCGGGCCCGGGCCCGGCCUGGCCGCCGCGGUUCCGCGUGGUGUUCGGCUCGUCGGAGCGCGGGGGCGCGUGCUCGGAGUGGGUGGCGCCGCUGCGGGCGGUGGACCUGAAGCUGGACUGGUCCCCGGACGUGCUGCUGGGCCCGGGCUGCGUGUACCCGGCGGCGGCGGUGGCGCGCUUCGCCUCGCACUGGGGGCUGCCGCUGGUCACGGCGGGCGCGGUGGCCUCGGACUUCGGGCACAAGGCGCCCUCGGCGCAGCAGCCGCAGCACUACGGCUCCCUGGUGCGGACCGGGCCCUCGGCCGCCAAGCUGGGCGCCUUCGCCGCCGCGCUCCACGCCGGGCUCAACUGGACCGCGCGCGCCGCCCUCCUCUACGCCGACCACAAGACCGACGACCGGCCCUUCUACUUCACCAUCGAGGGCGUCUACCAGGAGCUGCGCCACGCCGGCCUCGCCGUCGCCUACCACGUCUACGCCGCCCCCGCCGCGCCCCCCGGCGCCGCCGCCGCGCCCCCCGCCAACCUCUCCCAGCCCGAGCCCGACGCCGCCACCGGGGCCUCCGCGGGGACCGGGCCCGGGGCCACCGCCGCCGCCGAGCCCGCCGACGGAGCAGAGGAAGGCGCCGGGCCCGAGGCCGCCGUCCAGUUCAUCAAGGACAACGGGAGAGUGAUCUACAUCUGUGGCCCCUUGGAGAUGCUGCACCAGAUCCUGCACCUGGCCCAGUUGGAGAGCAUGACCGACGGCGACUACGUCUUCUUCUACGUGGACAUCUAUGGGGAGAGCCUGCGGGCCGAGGGGCAGCGGGAGGCCAAGAAGCCCUGGCAGAGCAAGGAGGGGCCCGGACCCUCGGCGGAGGCGGCGGCGGACAAGGGUGGGCUGCGGGAGGCCUUCCGGACGGUGCUGGUGAUCACCUACCACGAGCCCCAGAACCCGGAGUACCGGGUCUUCCAGAACCAGGUGAUCCUGCGUGCCCGGAGGGACUUCCAGGUGGAGCUGAACGACUCGCUGAAGAACCUGAUUGCGGGCUGCUUCCACGACGGGCUCCUGCUGUACGCCAUGGCGCUGAACGAGACGCUGAGCGAAGGCGGCACCAAGUACAACACCAGCCGCAUCCUGGAGAAGAUGAAGGGACGCCGGUUCCAGGGCGUCACGGGCACCGUCAGCAUGGACGAGAACAACGACCGCGACACCGACUUUGACCUGUGGGCCAUGGCGGACGUGGAGAGCGGGGAGUACCAGGUGGUGGGGCACUACGUGGGGCCGGAGAAGCAGCUGAACUGGCUGGGGCCCAUCCACUGGGUCAAGGGGGCCCCUCCCCUCGACAACCCCCCCUGCUUCAACAAGGAUGACCCCUCCUGCAACAAAAGUCCCCUGAACACGCUGGCCAUUGUGGCCCUGGGGGCCGGGCUCACCUUCAUCAUGUUUGGCGUCUCCAGCUUCCUCAUCUUCAGGAAGCUGAUGCUGGAGAAGGAGCUGGCCAGCAUGCUGUGGCGCAUCCGCUGGGACGAGCUGCAGUUUGGGAGCUCCGAGCGCUACUACAAGGGGGCCGGCAGCCGGCUGACCCUCUCCCUGCGAGGGUCCAGCUACGGGUCACUCAUGACGGCACACGGCAAGUACCAGAUCUUUGCCAACACGGGGCUCUUCAAGGGGAACGUGGUGGCCAUCAAGCACGUCAAUAAGAAGCGCAUUGAGCUGACGCGGCAGGUGCUCUUUGAGCUCAAACACAUGCGGGACAUCCAGUUCAACCACCUGACCCGGUUCAUCGGGGCCUGCAUUGACCCUCCCAACAUCUGCAUCGUGACCGAGUAUUGCCCCCGGGGCAGCUUGCAGGACAUUCUGGAGAACGAGAGCAUCAACCUGGACUGGGUCUUCCGCUACUCCCUCAUCAAUGACAUUGUGAAGGGCAUGGCCUUCCUGCACAACAGCAUCAUCGGCUACCACGGCAGCCUCAAGUCGUCCAACUGUGUGGUGGACAGCCGCUUCGUGCUCAAGAUCACAGACUACGGCCUGGCCAGCUUCCGCCAGAGCAGCGAGAGCGAGGGAAACCAUGCCUUGUAUGCCAAGAAACUGUGGACGGCCCCGGAGCUGCUGCAAAGGGGGCACCUGCUCCUCUCCCCGCUGGCGAUGCAGAAGGCCGACGUCUACAGCUUCGGGAUCAUCCUGCAGGAGAUUGCGCUGCGCAACGGGGCCUUCUACGUGGAGGGCAUGGACCUCAGCCCCAAGGAGAUUGUGCAGAAGGUGCGCAACGGACAGCGGCCCCACUUCCGGCCCUCCGUCGACCUGCGGCAGCACAGCGAGGAGCUGGCCCUCCUGAUGGAGCGCUGCUGGGCCCAGGAGCCCGCCGACCGGCCCGACUUCGCCCAGAUCAAGAUCUUCAUCCGACGCUUCAACAAGGAAGGCAGCACCAGCAUCCUGGACAACCUGCUCUCGCGCAUGGAGCAGUAUGCCAACAACCUGGAGAAGCUGGUGGAGGAGCGCACCCAGGCCUACCUGGAGGAGAAGCGCAAGGCCGAGAACCUCCUCUACCAGAUCCUGCCCCACUCUGUGGCCGAGCAGCUCAAGCGUGGAGAGACGGUCCAAGCAGAAGCCUUUGACUGCGUCACCAUCUACUUCAGUGACAUUGUGGGGUUCACCUCCCUUUCAGCAGAGAGCACCCCCAUGCAGGUGGUGACCCUCCUCAACGACCUCUACACCUGCUUUGACGCCAUCAUCGAUAACUUUGACGUCUACAAGGUGGAGACCAUCGGGGACGCCUACAUGGUGGUCUCGGGGCUGCCGGUCCGGAACGGGAAGCUGCAUGCGCACGAGGUGGUGCGCAUGGCCCUGGCCCUCCUGGAAGCCGUCACCACCUUCCGCAUCCGGCACCGGCCUGGAGAACAGCUCCGAUUACGGGUCGGCAUCCAUUCCGGGCCCGUGUGUGCCGGGGUGGUGGGCCUCAAGAUGCCCCGCUACUGCCUCUUCGGCGACACCGUCAACACCGCCUCCCGCAUGGAGUCCAAUGGCGAGGCCUUGAGGAUCCACGUCUCGUCCUGCACCAAAGAGAUCCUGGACGAAUUUGGCUGCUUCGAGCUGGAACUGAGGGGAGACGUGGAGAUGAAGGGCAAGGGGAAGAUGCGGACGUACUGGCUGCUGGGGGAGAAGAACGCGGUGGUCAUCUGAGGCGGCCCCCCCGCCCCUCCCACCUGAGAGACCCCCCAUUUGGGGCACCCAGCAGCGGCUCCGCCCACCAGGACUCCCUUUCCUUGGAGCAAGAGCCCCCUCCCCAGCAAUGACCGCCAGAGCGCGCCACAUGCAAACGCCUUGGAGCAAUAACGACCCCCCCGCCAGGAGAAAGACAGACAGAGAAAGAGGGCAAAGUGGGGGCCCUGAAGACGGCAGACCACCCCCCAAACCCCGUUGGGUCAUCCUGCAAGACCUUGCGAGGCUCAGGCCGCCUCCGUCAAGAGCAAGACGGCCCCUCAGAGCAGUUGGGACGGGGCCGGACCCUGACCCUGACCUGGACCCCCGUUGGCCCCCCGCCCCUCGGCUCAGCCGGCUGAGCCCCCCGCCCCAGCCCCUCCCUCCCUCCCUCCCACAGGUGUAAAUAUACAAAUAGUGUGGAAUAUUUUGUUCGAAUACAGACUUUUUAAUCUGGG